AUCACGCGUUACUUCUUAUACACAUUCAUUACAAACCCCAAAACGCCAAAAACACGCCGUUGAGAACUCAGAAACCACUGUUUCCGGCAGAUCUCCGGCGUCUGAUUCCAUUUCCUUCAUUUAAAUUCACACUCUCAAACCUCCAAUUCAGAUCUGCAACAACUCAAUUUCAUCAAAUUUCAUUUUCAAUUCCAAAAAUCACUCAUUAUACGUACUUUAAUCGUUGUUAUUGAUAUUAUUAGUUGUAAUUCAUGAAUAUUAUGUUCCGAUACCAGCAAGAGAAGAUCAGAUUAUUAUCCUUUUGUUCAAAUUAGGUUUCGUUUUUGUGUUGUGAUUAUCGUGUGAUAUGGCGGAUGCGUUAUCUGCAAUUCCGGCUGCCGUACUGCGGAAUCUCUCCGAUAAGCUUUACGAGAAGCGGAAGAAUGCUGCGCUUGAGGUUGAAGGAAUUGUGAAGCAGUUGACAGCUGCUGGUGAUCAUGAUAAGAUUACUGCUGUGAUUAAUUUGUUGACUCAUGAGUUUGCUUAUUCGCCUCAGUUGAAUCAUCGGAAGGGAGGGUUGAUUGGAUUGGCUGCAGCUACUGUUGGUUUGAGUGGUGAAGCUGCACAGCAUCUGGAGCAAAUUCUACCACCAGUGAUAAACUCUUUCUCUGAUCAAGAUAGCAGAGUUCGCUACUAUGCUUGUGAAGCUUUAUACAACAUUGCAAAGGUGGUGAGAGGAGAGUUUAUUUUCCACUUCAACAAAAUAUUUGAUGCGUUGUGUAAGCUUUCAGCCGACUCAGAUCCCAAUGUACAAAGUGCUGCCCAUCUUUUAGAUAGACUUGUGAAGGACAUAGUGACAGAGAGUGAUCAAUUCAGCAUUGAGGAAUUUAUACCGUUGUUGAGAGAGCGGAUGAACGUCUUGAAUCCUUACGUUCGCCAGUUUUUGGUGGGAUGGAUCACGGUAUUGGACAGUGUUCCAGACAUAGAUAUGCUGGGCUUUCUUCCUGAUUUUCUUGACGGUUUAUUUAACAUGUUAAGUGAUUCCAGCCUUGAAAUCCGGCAGCAAGCUGAUUCAGCACUUUCAGAGUUCCUUCAAGAGAUUAAAAACUCUCCGUCUGUAGACUAUGGUCGUAUGGCUGAAAUACUUGUACAGAGAGCAGCUUCCCCUGAUGAAUUUACGCGUUGGACAGCAAUAACAUGGAUAAAUGAGUUUGUCAAACUUGGUGGAGACCAGCUUGUACCUUAUUAUGCCGAUAUAUUGGGAGCUAUCUUGCCUUGCAUAGCUGACAAUGAAGAGAAAAUACGAGUGGUAGCCCGUGAAACAAACGAAGAGCUUGGUGCAAUCCAAACUGUUCCAGCUGAAGGGUUUGAUGUUGGAGCUAUUCUCUCCGUUGCAAGGAGGCAGUUAUCUAGUGAGCACGAGGCUACUCGAAUUGAGUCAUUGCACUGGAUUUCAACUCUUUUGAAUAGACACCGUCCAGAGGUUCUGACUUUUCUUAAUGAUAUUUUUGACACACUUCUGAAGCCACUCUCAGAUCCCUCUGAUCAGGUAGUGCUCCUGGUACUUGAGGUGCAUGCAGCCAUAGCAAGAGACCAAUAUAACUUCCGCCAGCUCGUUGUUUUCUUAGUUCAUAAGUUCCAUACAGAUAAUGAUCUCCUGGAAAGGCGAGGCGCGUUAAUUAUUCGCCGACUUUGUGUGCUUUUAGAUUCCGAAAGAGUUUACCGGGAACUUUCCAAGAUUCUUGAGGAGGAAGCAGAUCUGGAUUUUGCAUCUACAAUGGUUCAGGCAUUAAAUUUGAUUCUGCUGACGUCUUCAGAGUUGUCUGACCUACGAAACCUUUUAAAGCGAUCUCUAGUUAAUACUGCUGGAAAAGACUUCUUUCUUUCGCUGUAUUCCUCAUGGAGCCAUUCAUCGAUGGCCAUAAUAAGUCUCUGCUUAUUAGCACAGGCUUACCAACAUGCAAGUUCCGUCAUUCAGUCUCUAACGGAGGAAGAUAUUAAUGUCAGAUUUUUAAUCCAACUAGACAAAUUAAUACACCUGUUGGAGACUCCUACUUUUGCUUACCUUAGACUUCAGCUUCUUGAACCGGAAAGAUAUGUAUGGUUGUUGAAAGCUCUGUAUGGUCUUCUUAUGUUACUUCCUCAGCAAAGUGCUGCGUUUAAGAUUUUAAGGACUCGUUUGAAGACGGUGCCUUCAUACUCCUUCAACAACCCCAUGUCAACAGGGCUACAUGUUUUAGAAGAUGGUAACAUGAACGAUGGUGAUAUCAGUAGCAUGCAUAAUGGGAUAAACUUUGCAUCUUUGCUGCAGCGAUUUCAACAGACACAACAUCAGCAUCGGCUGCAUUCAAAAUCACCAGCACGGUCACACAACAUUCCCACAUCCUCGAAGGAGGUUCAAAAACCGGAAGAAGUGAGGGGAAGUGGAGCUGUGGUGCCGGAGAUUAACAGGCCACCUUCAAGAUCAUCCCGCAAAGGUCCAGGACAGCUACAUUUAUGAAAAUAUCUAUUUUGUUGGCGGGUAUAGAGUGUAAAUUGUUGUACAUCGUAGCGGUUUAUCUUUCUCAUCAACUUAUGAAGGCAUUGGAUUUUUUUUUUUUUUUGUUAUCUUUCCCGAUUUCCAGAACGAUGCCUGGAACCAGACAGACGUUUGCUCUUUGUGGUUGUGUUAUUUUUAUUGAAAACCGCAAAGCGUGUAUAGGCAGAGAGACUAUGUUUAAAGCUGGUUCCCGGUCAAGGUUUAUGCAACUGCUGCUGAAUCUCAGAUAGCAGAAUUUCAUUUGUGUUUGAUCA